CGAACGGAAGAGAUGAAUGAAUUGAAGCGUGAAUUGAGACAUUUAAAGGCUAUUGAUCAACAGCAUGAAAGGGAAUCACGCGAAGCAUACCAAUUAUUGUCUCAACAAAAAACUUCUGAAUCGGGCGAAAAGUCGCAGGCAUCAAAAUCGACAUCUAAACAACUAGCAAAUUUGCGCAGAGCUCUUGUUCAAUUGAAUGAAGGCCGUAGGAUACAAAAUAUUGCAGAGAUUAAGGAACGAUUAUUAGAUGAAAAAAAUCCAUUGCCGUGGGCACAAAUGGAUAAUAUUACUGAAGUACUUGAAUUUAGAGCUGUUCAACGAAAUUUUCACUCUGAUAGAGUGCAAGAAUUGUUACAAAAAAUAUUUGAAUUACAUGGUUAA